AUGUUGGAUCGUAUGUUGAACGUUUCGAUUGAAGGUCGCACAGUGCGGAUCAACGUAAUGCAGCCGUUGAUCGUUCAUCACGUAUCCGAUGAUCAGGCAACGGCAGGUAUAACUUUGCCAAAAGUGAAAGUGCGCCGAAUUGCAUCGAAAAAUGUUGGCGGAUCGAUCAAACCUUUUGAUCUUCCGAAGAACUAUAUCAAGUUUCGUGUGAGACCGAAUAAAGAAAUGGAUAAUAUCUUGGAAUAUGAUGUCGACGAAGAGUGCUCGAAAUCUGGCUUAGCUUACAAGAACGUGGUGGACCAGGAUGCUGUGUGUUGCGUGUGUAACGAUGGUGAGGGUAGCAAUGUCAAUCAGAUCAUCUUCUGUGAUAUGUGCAAUAUUGCUGUUCAUCAGGUUUACAUUAAUUGUAAUUUUAGUUUUAGAUAA